GUCGCAAUGGCAGCAAGCUAAACAAGCUUAACUACAAUAACCUUUAUAAACCUCAAUACAUUGUCUUUGCUUCUGUGUGAAAGGAAAUUGGGGCAUGGGCCUAGUUGUAACAUUUUGCAGACUAGAAUUUCCUUUGCGUUGAAUUGCUGUUUAGUAAAUAUUUUUUAUCGGAAACUUCCAGAAUUUGGCAACGAAGCAGUACUGCGCUUGCCGGAAAGAACAUGUCAGAAAUUCGGCAUGGAUUACUUGCUGCAAUAAUACUGGGGAUUUCCAUAGGGUCUUUCACGGGAGCAUCAAGAUGCCCAGGCACGGAGUGGUUUUCACGACCAGGAACUUCCGACUGUUACUACGUAUACGUACGGUCAGUUAACGGAGCGGCCACCGGACCGUUCGCGCGACCUGUGACGUUCGAAAAUGCCUUUGAAGAAUGUAAAAUGCGCGGAGGAAAGCUAUUCGUCCCCAGUGACCGAGCUGAAAUGGAUUUUGUUGGUAGCAAACUGCCUUCAGCUGCUGACUUCUACUGGAUUGGGAUGACCUAUCAGAACGGUAGAUGGCAAUGGACAGACGAUUCGGGAAAUCCAACCAUUGAUUUCAACCCCAGCUUGUUUCCUAGUUUAGGCGUAGAUCCGCCAACUAUUUUCGGUGGUGUGCCAAAUGAGUAUCGCGGGACUGUCUCUCAUUCGUUUGUGUCUGGAACUGCUGACUUUUUUUCGGAGCACAAGAAUUCGUCACUUGGUUUCAUUUGUUCGGGGACAUUUAGUGGUCGUCCAUGGUGUAAAAUUGAGGAUGGGUGGAUUUACGAUAGCAACAAGUGCUACCUUCAUGUUGCCGAAACGAACACUUACGCUGGAGCGCAGGCCAAUUGUCGAUCCAAAGGUGGCUUCGUUUCCGCUGUGAAUACUGAUCGCGAGGAUGCAAGAAUGCGCGAAUGGAUGCGCAAUCGAUUAGGAAUGCGGCAAGCUUGGUUGGGUGUAACUAUCCCAAACAAAACCAGUGCAGUUACAAUUGAUACUUUGAAAUUUGACGACGGAGAGUCAAUCAACAACAACAUGGUUAACCACUGGAACCUCGAAAACUCCAAAAGUCUUGCCGAAUACAUAACGAGCUUGCCCAAUGACAAAACGUACUGCGGUGAAAUCUAUAGCUCUGAGGAGGAAGUAAUUUUAAUCUUUUUAUUACCGGAUCAACAUGACUGGUCGCUGCGAGAAAACUGCGAAAGCCGAUAUCCGUACGCAUGCGAAACUCCAAAAAAUAAAUGUCCUUAUGGAUGGGAGGAACUGGGCGAGGACUGUUACCAGUUCAACGAUGGACCUGUUGACUGGUCGGAAGCUCGGAGGCGAUGUACUGUCGAAAAAGCAGAUCUCGUCUCCAUCAGAAGUUCCGAAAUCCAAAACUUUCUACGACAAAACAUAUUGAGCCGGUUGUCAAAUAACCCUAAUCUCAACAACGCCGAAAUGCCGUACUACUGGACUGGAGGAUCAAAGAGGGGAAAUGAUCCAAAUUUCAAGUGGACCGAUGGAAGCUCUUUUGCGUACCAAAGCUGGUCACCGGGUCAACCGCUAACUGUUGCCAUAACGGGAAUGGAAAUAGACCACUGUGCAUACGUGGAUGCCACAUCCAAUGGCAACUGGAACGCUAGCGUUUGUACUCAAAAGAUGGGAUAUGUUUGCGCCGGUAAUAAUCAACAAAUUGAGGAUCACCCGGAAGUUAUACAUCCGGAAAUUACGUGUGAGGAGCCAUUCAAAAAAUACCACGAUGGCUGUUAUUAUCAUGUUACCCAAAAACGGAAUCGAGAUGCGGCUCAGGAGUUUUGCGCAAAUCUACCGGAGAAGUCGAAUUUGUUAACACCAUUGACACCCAGUGAAAAUUUCUACGCCGAAGGCCAAGCGGAAGAGGGAAUUUGGUUGGGCAUUAAAGCUACAUCUAUAGGUGCAUCUGGCGGUUGGAUACACAGAUAUGGUGAUGGUAGUAUUGUUAUGGCGGGCGCUUACCAUAACUACGAGUGGGGCGGCUAUAUACCGUCAGCCAGUAGCGAUAGGCUGUGUACAAUUAUGAAAAUUCGAGACUCGGAUUGUGAUGGCUGCGACGAGGCUUACUCUGGCGAUUGGAUUUAUGUCACGUGUACACAGGAAAGAAACUUCAUUUGCUAUCACGAUGGAAAGCCAAAAGACGAUUCCACGUCCCUUACACCGCUAUAUGACCCGGAAUGCGGAGCCGGCUGGAUUCGAAGAGGCGACCAGUGUUAUAAGACAAACGCCGAUCCGACAACCUGGAAAGCCGCAAAGUCCAACUGUCAGAAUGCAGAUCUUCAUGGCGAUUUGCUGUCUAUUGUCAGCAAAGAGGAAGAGCUUUUUAUUCGAGAUAUGAUCGUGGGUGCAGACUUUAUCGGCCCUCUGCCGGCUGGGUUCGCCAGAGCAUCAUCUUACUGGAUAAACUUUUAUUCUAAUCGCGAAAACUUUUGGUUCUGGCCUAAGCGUGAUUCGAAGGAUCAGUAUGCCAUUCCGGCUGUCGUUUUCAACUGGGGACCAGGUCAACCGGAUAACAGUCACGAUAGCGCCUUCGCCGAUCCCUUUUUCCUUCCGAUAUCAGAUUCCAACCCACGAUGCGCUUACGUCGAAGAGACACCGGAUGCUUUGUGGGCCGAUGGGAACUGCGCUGUUAACCGGGCGUACAUUUGCAAGAAACCGACAUUAUCGGCGCGCCCACCAACCGGCCCGCCUCCUACUGCGCCGAGUGGUUUUGGCUGUCUACCGGGACAUCUUCCGUUUGGAACGAAAUGCUUAUACAGAACCCCGCAGCUGCUGACCUGGACCAAAGCGCGUGAUUUGUGCCGCAACAAUACCGGCGAACUGGUUUCUUUUGACAGCCAAUCCGAAUACCAAAGCAUAGCACCAUUUACUCAAAAUGCUUGGAUUGGGCUGAACAGCCUGGAUAAUCCGCGUGCGCCGCGCGUAUUCAGCUGGAGCGAUAAUGCACCGGUGCAGUAUGCCCCGUGGGAUACCAAUGUGGCACAGGGUCACAUUCAUGGAACGGUAACACGGGAUGUGAAUUGCGUGGCAGGCGGUGCAAAUGGUAUAAAUGCGUACUCUUGCGAAGAAGCAAAAGUUGGGCUCUGCGAAUCAUUCCGGUAUGAAUCGUCAACACCGCCCAAUUCGAUCACCAUUCCACAGGGUGAUGGGUGUGAACCGUGGGGUGUGCGCUGGCCGAUGUCGAACUCGUGUUUCUAUUUUGGAAAUGAUCCUAACCAUCUCACUGGGGCCCGCCCGUUUUUCAAUUUCGAUCAAGCCCGGCAGUUCUGCCAGACCAAGUUUAGGAAUGGCGACUUAGCGACUAUUCUCAAUGAACAAGAGAAAUCAAUUAUAAACGCUCUUGUCGCUGGUUACAGUGGCGAUUAUUGGAUCGGUUUGAAGGAAGAUGCAAACCCAUGGAGUGCAUUCAAGAAGUGGGUGGACGGAACUGCCGUGACCCAUACCAACUGGGGUUACGGACAACCGCCGGUGUCCCCCGCUGGAUCAACCGGUUGCGUGGCGAUACAGGGAACCUAUGCUAACAGUCACUAUCCUGGAGACUGGUUUGUAGAUCAGUGUACUACCCAACGUUACGCACUGUGCAAAGCUCCGGCUACCACACCGCAUCCUACUCGACCGCCGACUUCUCCGCGUCCGAAUGCCAACGGAUGUCCUAGAAAUUGGAUAACUACGGACACCUCAUCACGAUGCUACAAGGCAUAUUACGCCUCAAACAGUGGUAUAAUGGUCAUUGGAAGCUCUGGUACAAUGAAUAAAGCCCAUUGGGACGACGCCGAAGCAUUCUGUGGCGGGUUUCGAAACGGCCAUCUAGCGUCUAUCGACAGCCAAGCCGAACAAACAGCGGUGCAGCAGUCGCUUCCUUUAAAAAUGUCAGAUUACAGUUAUUGGAUCGGUUUGCGAGAACGCAGCGUCGGAAUCACCGGGCCGCGCUGGGGAUGGUCAGAUGGAACACCCUAUACACUGGACUUUUUCCACAUGGAAAUCAAUCACGAAGCCGCCGAUGUACAGGACUGUGCAGCCAUGGACUCGGUAUCUGGUAGAUGGAUACGGCAGAGUUGCUCCAUGAGCUGGGGUUGGGUAUGUGAAGUGCCUAAAGGAGCGUAUAUGCCGGAUGAACCGAUUCCCGCGUUGCCGACCGCCUUGCCCACUAAUCAGACGUGUGGCCGGGAUACGUCCGGUAUGGGAGAUUGGUACUAUAUCGAGAGUACAAACGAGUGUCUAUUCGUGUCCGCACGAAGUGAUUCGUGGGAAAACGCUCAAGCCACCUGCCGUCAACGUCGCUCGCAUUUAACCAUCCUCAAUCCGACAAACAAUCGGGAAGUUGUUGAAGUGGUUUCACACAUGGCCGGUGCGUUGGCUACACGCUUCUACAUUGGCUUACGGAUAACUGACUUGACACUGCGGGAGUAUUCUUGGUUGGACGGAAAGCCGUUGACAUGGAACAAUUGGGCAGCUGGUCAGCCGCUGGCCAAUCAUAGUGCCGAUUCUUGCGUGUCUAUUGAUGCGCUCAGCGGAAAAUGGUCAUCCGGCCGCUGCGCAGCCGGCAAUCGCUUCUUAUGUUCGCGGGCCAACAGGGAACACCAUGGACCUCCAGCGAUACCCACUCGUGACCCACAAGGUCGACAUGGCGGAUGCGCUGAUGGAUGGGUUUCAUUUGGUCCUCACUGUUAUUACAUCUCGCCGCCCACUCAUAACACCAGCAGCUGGGGACAGGCUCUUCAAGCUUGCGCUGGCAGCCACCAAAUGAAGAACUCCAGCCUGGUAUCAAUUAUGUACUCUGGAGAAAAUGACUUUUUAAUCAGCCAGUUAAAGAAUUACAAAUAUAAUAUGUGGAUUGGAUUACACGAAACCGAUGACCUGACAUACGAAUGGACCGAUCGUCAUCCGUUCUUUUACAACAACUGGCACUACCAGUACCCACGGCCACAAGCAAACACAUUCAAAUGCAUUGCUGUGCUGGUCGAAAACAACAAAGUUGGGAGAUGGUUCGAUGCAGCCUGUAAUGGCUUAGGAGGGUACAUUUGCAAAGCACCGAAAGACUUCGAUCUUCCGGAACACGCGGGCCCGGCAACAAACUGCACAACCGGCUUUUCUCAGUACGGUGACGCGUGCUUCAAAGUGAUUCCACUGAAACAUGAUGUAGUUAAUACAUGGGGUCAUGCCGAACAACUAUGCCGCCCUUCACCACAAGAAAACAUAGAGGGUGGUCUGGCAACGAUUUUGGACGUGUACGAGAACGCUUUCGUACGCACGUUAUUCAAUGAAGCGUCUUUCCGCGAACAUAUGCCUGGACAACGUCCAUUCGAGCAAGCGCACGCGAAAGCCUGGAUCGGAAUGAAGGAAGAACAUGGGCAUUAUGAAUGGUUCAACAAAUGUCCAGCCCAGUUCGCUAAUCUGGCCAACCUGGUGGGCACGGCAGAUGAUUCGGACUGUGUCGACAUGAACUUUGAAGGGAAGUGGCACGCCCAUAACUGUACCGCCAAUGAUGUGCGCUUUGCCGUCUGUGAACGCCGAUUCAAAAAAUGCGAGCAAAUUCCUGAUCAUCCGCAAGUCUGCCCCAAAAAUUUUCCACGAGCCUGUGCCAACCACUGCUAUGAAACCAAAAGCAUCGUUCAGCAUACGAACGAAACGGAAGCCGUGUCCUUUGAGGAGGCGCGGCGCCGUUGCGUGGCCUUGGGAGGAGACUUGGCAUCUGUCCGCAAUGAAGCGGAGCAGAAGUGCAUCCACGGCUACGUCCAGUACGCCGAAAUCGGCAUGUGGAUUGGUUUGCGCGAUACGACAGCUGAAACUGAUCGCAUGACGUGGCAGUGGGUGGACAACAAUGAUAACCAAGAACCGGCAGUUUAUGCAAACUGGCAAAAAGGAGAACCAAACAUGUUCAACCCGAAAGAAACAUGCGUGGAAAUGUACCCGAAUGGAUUGUGGAAUAACGCGCGCUGCGAACAGCACAAGGGAUUUAUUUGCCAAGCGCCAAGAAAUCGAAGUGUCGAUGUCACUGCACCGACAAGAGAACCGUUCUAUCCAACAGAUUACACUGGUGGACCAAUUAAUACAAGUAAAGAUGACGGCUAUAGCGGAGGGCAGAUUGCCGGAAUCGUUAUCGGUGUCCUGCUUGCUGUGGCCGUGGUGGGCGCUAUAGGUUACGUGGUUGUAACCGGAAGGUCAUCCAGUGUGGUCAGCUCAGUCAGCAGUGCGGCAUCCAGCUUCCGGGAGCGUUCGUCCAAAUUCGUAUCGCGGAAUAAGGCUGGAGCGUCCGAUCGGACCACAUUACAAGAAGAUUUUGACGGCGCCAAUGCGUCGUACAGUUAACCAGUCACGUGAUUGACAGAUUUGCACAUAUUUUUUACAUUUCGCAUUAAAAUUUAAAAUUUAAUAAUAAUGGUUGUACUGUACAUUUAGCCGUUUUGUGACACCGCUGCUCUGUGAUGCUGUAGCUUUCUUACUUUUGUACACUUCAGAUUGCUGUGCAGACAGUUUGGCUGCUUUUAAUUUAAGUAAGGACGUUAAAUUAUCGUUAACUAAAAUUCUUUAAAAUAAAUGACCGCAAUGCAAAAAGCGUUAUGGCUGCAUG